AUGUUCUCUGCUCUGGAUAUAAUCAGGCUGGCAAAUGGAAUCAGUUCAUGUGUCACUGGAUUUACCUUCAACCUAUGGAUAUUGCUGGUCAAUUUCCAAGACUGGCGAAAGGGUUACAGGUUGAGCUCAUGUGAUCAUAUUCUGUGUCUGUUAGGUUUAACCAAUAUUCUAAUGCAACAUCUACUUAAUAUAAAUGUGCUCUACAAUAACUUUCUGUACCAAAUACUAAAUGUUGGAAUGUUACAAGCAAUACUUACAGACAUCCUGAUAUUUCUGCUCUCCUUGAACAACUGGUUUAUGACUUGUCUUUGUGUUUACUACACCCUCAGUAUAGUGAACUUUACAAGUGGUGUUUUGUUCUUGCUGAAGAUCAGAAUCUCACAACUGUUACCAAAAUGUUUAUGUCUAUCAGUAGUUCUAUCUAUCGGCAUUACAGUACCAUCCAUUUGGUAUGUCAAUCACAUAACUGAUAGAAAUGUAAUAGGAAACUUCACAGCCAAUGUCACUGAGCACCGUGAUAAGGUUGUAGUAAGAUUUCCCUAUGCAUUAGCUAUCAUUAUAGAAUGUGUUUUGGGUCUUUUUUUGACUGUUGUUCCCAUUUCCCAGACUGUGAGGUCACUCUGGGGACACACAAGGAGAAUGAAGAAAAAUGCCUCCAAUUAUUCUGUCCCUCGUCUACAGGCUCAUGUCACAGCCGUGAGGACCAUGUUGUGCCUGGCCACCCUCUGCAUAAUGCUUUACUGUUCCCUUAUCGUUAUGUGGGUCAAUUUGUUGCAAAUAGAUGGCAUCUUCUUGAAUCUGUGCUGGUACUUUGUGGCAGCAUAUCCUACCCUGCAGGCAAUUACUCUUAUUAUGGGCAAUUCCAAGCUGAGAAAGUCCUUCAAACAGAUAAAAAACUGUCUUUGUAAGAGUAAGAGCAGCAAUGUUAUGAUAAAUACAGACCUGUUGGUCUGA